UGCCCUGAAAAAAUUGUUUUCAUAACUUGAGUCUGCAUUAUUAAGAAUAUUAACCAGAAGUCUUAUCAUUGAGUCAAAUUAUUCUUUUCUUUUGAAAAAAUAAAUAAAUAAGGUGGUGUUUGAGAAGGAAAGUUGAGUCUAAAUUAGCCACGUCCGGACAAAAAAAAGCUUAUUUAGCUACAUGAAGACAAAAGUGUUUGAACGGGUUGGGUUAAAACCCUUCUUAGGGUAAAUUUACCAAAAUACCCUGAAUGUUUCCUCUCAUUCUGAGGCCCAACGCCUCACCACACACACAACUUUCCUAGGGCACACAACAAACGAAAAAGGCAAUUAAUGUAUACCAGCAACGACGACAUCUGAGGCAGCUUCGCAGAGGCGAUCGGCAGCGGACUACGCAUCUGCGGCGUCGAAGAAGACUCACGAACAAGUCGGCAAAUUGAACGAUUGGGGCGUAUGUUGGCGGCGGCGAACAAGAACGAACCCUCUCAAACACCACCGAUCUUCAGUAAUGGCUUUCAUACGUACUUCUCCGCGUACCCAAUCCAAAAGCAAAAGCAUUGUCACAGAGAAGUCAAGCAGUCUUAAAGAGACACAUAAUCAGUUCAGCCACAAGGCCUCAUGGGACAGUCACUCAAUCCGAGUUUUCCUCCAGUUGAUUGCGAAUAAGAUUACUAAAGGAAAUCGCCCAUUCCUAGUCCUCAGCCAUGUAGGGUACAAGUCCUUGGCAAGGAAAUUUGAGAAAAAAACAGGAAGAAAACAUAGACUGAAACAGUUGAAGAAUAAGUACAUGAGUUUGAAAAAAUAGUGGCAAGCGUGGACAAAGUUGAUGGAUUCAAGCAAAGGAGUGUCAGGAAUAGGGUUUGACUGUGACACCGGUAUGUUUCAGGCACCUGAGGAGUGGUGGGACAAGAUGGAAUCGAUAAACAAGGUGUGUGCCAAGUUCAAGAAAAAAACCUUGGAACAUCGUGAGUUGAUGGAGACGAUCUUCAUGGGGGCAUCAGCUACUAGUAAGCACCAUUGGACCCCGAGAGAGAAACUUCCUGAAGCUGCUGAUGACUCAUUUGAUUUAGUGCAUAGUCUGGGAACCCAGCCAUUUGCUGAUUCGAUACCCGUAGGAGUACAGGACGUGGAUUCAGAUUCUUCACUGGAGCAUGUUCCGAUUAAAAAGGGGAAAAGGAGAAAGACGCCAUCAACAUGUGUUUCAAAGUCGAAGAAGGCAACAAGUGGGGCGUCAGUUAUUGCGGAAAGCAUGAACAACCUAAUUGAUGUGGUGCGUACGAAGAAUCAGCAGGUUACGGUGAGGCACCUCACAGGCAACGAAUCACUGUACACUAUUUCGGAGUGCAUGCAUCGCCUGACGAGUAUUCCAUCCCUGAUUGGUACGCCGUUAUUCCACUUCGCCUUGACACUUAUGGAUAACGCCGAUUACCGGGAGGUGAUGAUGUGCCAGCUUGAUGACGACCACAUCAUAGGGUGGCUUACACAAAAGCAGCUCCAGUGUACUACGUCGGCGUCGUUUGCGAACCUGUUUGGGGCUCGCCGGAUGUGUUGUGCGGGUGUUAGGAUUGUUAAAGAUACCUGCCCUUCUCUUGCUUUUGAAAACUUUUAUUUAUGUUAUUGUUGGCACUAUAUUAUAACAGGAUGGUUGUGUUUGCAUGUUUUUAUUACUUUCUUGUUGUUUUUUUUUCUUGCUAGCUAUGGUGAACAAAACUUUUAGUUAAGUUUGUCGUAGAAAAAAUGGAAGCAUGGUUGUGCGUUUUUUGGGAUAGGAAUGGGAUACUUCUGUUUUAAUUAAAUGUAUGGCAAUGAAAUGCG